AUGUGGGGGCACAGCGAGGUGCAAAAGUUCGCUGAAAAGCACAGCCUCAGCGAGCUGGCAAGGGCAGAUCUGAAGAAGAUGUUCGAUGGCGUGGUCACGAAAAGUCGAAAGCGAGUCACCGUGCGGGUGCCUGCGACCACCGCGAACAUGGGACCGGGCUUCGACUGCGCUGGCAUGGCGCUAGAUGUUUGGAACGAGCUGACGGUCGAGCGUGCCCCACACUUCGCUAUGGAGAUAGAGGGCGAAGGUGCGCACCUGUUGCCCCGCGACAAGUCCAACCUAGUGGUGAAGGGCGUGGAAGCGGCCUAUAAGUUCAUCGACCAAGAGGUGCCCACGCUUCGGUAUUACACGCUGAAUCGCAUCCCUUUUGCCAAAGGGAUGGGCUCCUCAUCUGCGGUGGCGUACCAGCAGGACUCGCAGAUCCUCUUCCUGGGAGAGGCAAACUUUAGCUUCGCAUCUGCCGUUUGCAAAUGCUUCGAUGAUUGCAGCGGGAUCACGGCAACAUCCUUCGAGUCCGAAUCCGAGGUUCUUCAGAGGUUUGGUCCAGCUGCCGCCAGAAGAAUGCGCUUUCUGGAGGCGCGAUGCGGCACAGUUUACCAUUCUGUUGCGGCUGCCGACCUGCGUUAUCGCUUCCGUGCGGCAUCCUUCGAUUGUGUCGUUUUCAACUUCCCCUUGGCGCCGAAAUCCCGAGCUGCCGAGGGCGCCCUGGCCGGGCCCAUGGCCCAAAGCCACGCUGCAGAGAUGCGGCGCAUCUACCAGGAUCUUUCAAUGGUCCUGGGUGAUUUCUUCAGCGGGGCAUCCACCCUUCUGAAGCCAGGUGGUGAGGUCCAUUUGCGUUUGACAGACCAGCACGCGACCGUGGCAGCAUUGACUGCACCAGAACCGCUGGAGCUCGUGGCGCGGCGUGACUUCGGCGAGGCCUUCGAGGAAGUCUACCGGCCGCUGGGGUACCGCCCAGCAGCUAUUGGAAAAACUAAAUCCUUUGCAGUCAAGGCUUCAUCCACCUGGUUGUUCAUGACGCCCAACUGCGCUGCCAAACUGCGUCGCGAGCAAAUUGAUGGAAAGAGGGCACAAGCUGGUGGGCAGCUCGAUCCGGACGCUGAUUUGGAUAGCUGCUUCCUUCAAACCGAGAGGCAUUCCAUGUUGCAGGCUUUCGUCACUUUCGUAGGAUACGGCGAAGUGCCCAGUGCACGCUUCCGUGAUCUCACAGACUGGAUGCUCAACGGUGGCCGCGAGGUGAACCACGCUGGUCUCAGUGCGAUUGGCGAACCAGACGACCGACCCGAUCAGGUCUUGCACAAGCAGAGAUCGGCCAAGCAGCCACCCGACGUUCUGAAGUAUGCAGCGCCGCGAGAUUCCCUUCGAGAGGAGGCAGCGGCCGUCAAGGAAGUCUCCACAGGUACAAUGGUCGGCAUAGGCGCAGCACUGCUCAUCGUCAUGAUAGUGCUGAACUACCUGAUUGGCCGGUCUGAUGUUGCCAUCUUGGAGCUUGCCGAGGAGAGGUCAUAUUCCAAAUCGAUCCCUCUCGCUGAGCUCUUCGUUGGCUACCUGGCAUCUCCCGGCGUCUUCGGUGCUUACUGGAGUCCGCCGGAGAAGCCUUUCGCCUCUUGUGACCUGUGGCUGAGGUUGCUCUUGGGAUGCAUCUUCUGGAUCUGUGGAGACACCUCUUUGGAAGCUCGGCUCUAUGACAAAAUUUCUUCAGUCCAGGUCCGCUCAGAGCUGCGGGCCCUGCUCAUUCUUGUCCGUGUGGGUCUUGGUGCCGGCGAAGCGGUCGCCGCGCCAUGCCUUUAUCAGAUAACUUCCGGCUGGUUCCCCAAGCAUCAGCAAGCCCGGUCUGUCAGUAUUGGUGUUGCGGGCCAGUGUAUAGGGGCCGCCAUGUCAAUGAGCUUCUCCCGCAUCACGGCCUUUUGGUUUGCAAGUCAGCCGCCUGCAGGAGAAGGCUACCUGGUCUCGAUUGGUCAGAUUCUGUGUUUGGCUGUUGUUGCAUCCAUUGAUAUGCAGUCGAACAUAGGCCAAUUGAAUGGCUUAGCUGGCUUAGACUGGCGCAUCAUGUUCUACGUCUUCGGGUCGGCGGGCAUGCUUUGGAGCUUGGUGUUUGCGUUCUAUGGUGCAGACAGCCCCAAAGCCCACCGAUACAUCAGCGACGCGGAGCGCCGCAGCGUGGAGAUGCUCAAGCGGCUUGAGCCGCCAAGCCCGGCUCCUUUGCCAUAUGCCCAAUUGUUGAGGCAUCCAUCGGUUCAAGGGCUCAUCGUGGCCGAGUUCUGCCUUUCCUUCAUUUGGUACUUGUGGCUGUCAUGGAUGCCGUCAUUCUUCCACGACAACUUCGGCAUGUCCACUGGGGAGGCCGGAACGAUGGGACUGAUCGCCUAUUGGCUCGCAGCACCCGCUGCUCUAUCCUGGGCGGAGCUCUCUGGGCAAUGCUUGAAAAGCGGCCGCUGGACGUUGCGCCAAUGCCGCCUCUACAUGGGGGCCGUGGCUUCCUUGAUGUCUGGCGCGCCUGCAGUGCUACUUCUCUGGCUGUACCUGCGCUCGCCCACCGAGCUGUCUGUCGCUCUGGUUGUUCUCACGGUGGUCCUCGUCGCAGCAAAAGGAUCAGGCCAUAGCUCCAACAUCGUGGAUGUUGGGGGACUGUCAAACACCGCGAGGGUGGCUGGCUGCGUUACUCUCUCCGCCUCCUUAUCAGGGGCUGUUGGAAACAUGAUAGUGGGCGCACUGCUCGACUCCAAGUUCGGCUGGCCAAGCGUGCUUUCGGCGGCUGCAGGGGCCGGCGUGGUUAGCUUCGCUGCUUUCGCCUCUUGGGCCACGCAGGUGAAAAACGAGGAGGAGCUCUUGCAGAUCGCGACCAACAUAGAAGGCCAUCCAGACAACGUUGCUCCCUGCAUCUAUGGAGGCUUUCAGCUUGGGAUCCACAACGGCAAGCGCUGGUGGACGGACCGAGUGACAAUGCCACAUGGGCUGAUGUGCGUGGUUUUCUGCCCAGAUCACGCGACCGAGACCAGCGAGGCCCGGUUGCUUCUGAAGGAGCAGAUCGCCCUGAAGGAUGCGAUCUUCAACUGCGGACGCGUGGCGGUGCUGGUGGCAGCUUUUGCGACCGGCAACAUGGAUUGGCUUCGACAUGGUACAGAGGAUGCCCUGCACCAAGAGCAGCGUGCGCCGAUCCAUCCUCAUCUCAAGCCGUUGAUUCGGGCUGCCUUGGAUGCUGGUGCUCAAGGAGCGUGCUUGUCCGGAGCAGGCCCGGCCGUGAUCGCUUUUACCAGCGGUCGCUGUGGAGAUGUGAUUGCGCAGAACGCCUCGGAGCGCGAGGAGUUCAACGUAGCAGAAGCCUUGCUGUCAGCGGCCGACGCCAUCGGCUGUCCUGGGCACGUGCUCAUCACAAAGCCGGUCGAGCACGGCGGAUACAUCGUGUCGGAAACCAAAGUUUCGGACCCGGACAGCAGGGAAAGUCGUAUCCAUUACGUUCAAGAUUGA